GUGGGUUUACUUUAGGCCGGUCACUACAAGUUAUGGCGCCGUAUCUCGCUAUAAUUUAGUAUGUACAAGUACCUAAACUUACGAUUAUUAGUAAUAUUUCAACUUCACCGGUCUAAAUAACCGUCUAAAUAACCUCAUCUUCUUCGUAAUGUCUUCACUUACUCAGCGCGACUCGGAAAUUUUCGAGCAGGUUUCUAAUCCAUCUUAACUUAACCAUGUUCUUCACCUUUGCGUCAACGCCUUCCGGUAGCCGCUCAUCUCGGCGGAAUUCUAGACGGUCUAAAGUAGCACGGGCAUGCAACUAUUGCCGUGUACACCGGGUGCGUUGUGAUGUUGAAUUACCCUGCUCGCGAUGCCUGGCCAAUAAUAUAGAAUGCGUCUCCUCGCCUCCUGGCCAACAAUCCUCGGAGAAUGCUCAAACUUCUCAGGACGAAUCCAUACCCAUCCAGGAGGCGGCCGGCCCAUGCUCGCAGCCUGCUCCGUCUAGUCCCGUCUCAUCAAGGCCUGAUGGAAUGGAUUCGACAGUCGGUUUCAUGUCUAAAAUCAACGCCUUCUGCUCUACUAUCUCCCAGUUGUCGUCUGAUUGCGUAGGUGACUCGCCACCGCCCCCCUAUCCAUCCCCAGAUGGACAAUCGUUACUAAACGAGAGUAACGGGCCCACCACCGUGCUCUCCCGGUCGCAGGUAAAACACUUGCUGGAUAUAUACUGGGCGCGAUGUCAUCCUCUUAAGCCUAUUGUCAAUCGUGCCCAUGUGGAUGCAAUAUUUGAAACUUUAUGGGCGCCUGAUGGUUCCGAGUUGAAAACUCUCCCCGUGGUAGAUGGUAUCAUUGCCCUCUGCUUGAACUACCUUAAUAAUUCAGGUUUAAGUCGUCGCCUACUGAGUCUACGCUUUGAAAAAGGGGGCCCUUCUCUUGCGUACUUCAAGCGUUGCCUGGCCGCCACUAGUCAGUAUGCUGUUUUCGCAGAGCCGUCAUUGGAAUGUUUACAGUGCUAUGUCCUCAUGAUUUUAUAUCUUCUUGACGCAGGUGAACACCAGCCUGCGUAUAAUAUGAUUGGACUAGCCUUGCGCAUUGCGCAGGCACUCGAUCUGCAUCACGGGCUACCGGAUUCCGACCCGAACGCCUAUCUAGCCCGGCGCAUUUGGUGGACCAUCAUUCAUCUUAAUUUCAGGUGUGCGCGGUUGCUGGGGCGUCCGGGUGGAGUACAACUUGCCGAUACGACCUGCCCGUUACCACCUACAGAUGAGUUUACCUACCAUACCCGGGCGAUUGCUCUUACUAGGGCUACUCUAGCUGUGACAGAGGCACUCAGUCGGCAUCCAAAUCUUCCAAACGAGGAUCGUCUCGCGCAAGUCGUGUCACGCGCAUCUGCCCUCUCCACAGAAGUUUACCGGUUGCAUGAGUGGAGAGAUCAACAGCUACGCCCGGCUCUUGGGCGUCCACUUCAUGUAGAUAGUAAAUGGGAUAGCAAGGAGACUUACAGUUGGAUCUCUUCCGUGGCCGAUAUGAGCCCGUCUCGAGCCUUGGGCGAAAUUUUCCUAGAGCUUCAAUACUAUGACGAGAUCAUCGGUUUGCAUCGACCGUUCAUUUGUUUCCCUGCCGGGUUAGUAGUUCCAAAAAGCAAUCCCCAGAGAGAUGCUCAUGCGACAACAUCACUACAACAUGCUAUAGCUACAGUAGACCUCACUCAUCGCAUCAUGUCCACUACCGACGUGCUCUGUGGGCAUGGUGAAAUAUGGCAAUGGCAGUGGAAUGCCCUACUCACAUUGAUCGGUUUUCUUAUGGGAUAUCCGUUUUGCAUAUAUGCACCUGCUGCUCGCCACCAUGUCCAGCUAGCCUUAGAGAUUUUCAGCGCAGCGGACCCAGGGAAUUCGGUGGCCGUUCGGGCAGCAGCCGUGACCCGCUCACUUUGUGCCAAAGUAGACAAUUUGGUGCAUAUAUUGAAAUCGAAAGGCGGGCGGCCAGCAUCCCCCAAUACGGAGAGGGAAUGUAUUAUGAGAUGGAAUAACACAGAGGCUCCACUCGAUCUUUCACGCCCAAGUAGUGACGAAUUGUGGUCAUGGGUAGAUACCACAGACCCUAAUGCGUGGCUGACCUAUACCGAUGGGAUCACAGGAGUCCUAGCCGAUUUUCCGAAUCUUCCGUUUGGCAACGAAGGUUUCUCUCCUCUCCCUUAAAGACAUGAUCCGCGUGCUUUUACUGCAUACCUAAUCCAGUCCCGGCGUUAAAUAUACCAACCAACCGACUAUAUACCACCUAAUCUACCUAUCGCAUAUCCAGUUUUCAUCUCUAUUAUCAAUAGACCAGCCCUUGAACCGGUCUCUGUCGGUCAAAAUCCGACUCGGCUUGACUGAUAACUAUAAAGACUAAACGCCGACCCCUUAAUAUGUCAUCAUAUUCUCAGAAGAGCAUACUACCACUGAAGACUUCAGCUCUAGAGCUCCCUUCAAUCAAUACAGGUACCUAAACCAAUGCCCAUAUAUAUCGAUAUAUUAUAUGGCCGGCUUAUGGCCCACCCGCUGGCAGUAUUUUGAGAAUUAUAAAUGGUAUACUACCCGCUAAAGUUAUACCAUCUACUUUGCGAGCACUGAGGAAAGGGCGAUACGAAUUACCCAUCUUGUAAGGCUUUUAGUAUAUCCAUAUCCGAUACGUUAACAUU